AUGACGUUCCGCGAGAAGGUCAAGCGGGUAUUCCGCUCAUCCAAAUCCGACACCUCCAAGCCCAAAAUCGAAUAUUACCGCCGCCACGAGUGUCCCCCUUCCAAAUUCAAGGGUCCCUUCGAUCGGGAUCAUCAGAAACGUUUGGCCGCUUGGUCUUUUGAGGGGGCAACUGUGGAGAAGAGACGUUCUUUCGAAGUAUCCCUGUCGCCAUGCGCCACUUUCGAUUCUCCCGAUUCUCCCGUCUCUGAUUCGGUUUCACCCGAUUCGGUCGAUCCAGUUGACUCAGUUGAUCCAGUAUCCGAGGAAUCCGAACCUGGAACAUCCCCUCGUGCCGUCGACUCAGGCUCCCAGUCUUCCACCGUCCUCAACCCUUCCAGCUAUAGUGGCUCAAUGAGAACUCUUCUCAAUGAAGCCUCUGUAUAUGAGAUCCCUGAGGAUCACAAAGACCCCAAGGCCUAUCUCAAGGAGUCCGUGCGUUACACCUCGCCGUGUAUCCUCUCCGCCCGGAAACAAGUUCCUUUCAACCCUGAGGAUCUCACUCGCGCCUUGAAUGCCGUUCAGAUUCAAGUCUGUGCUUGA